UGUCAAUGUCAAUUGUCAUUCUCCCUGCAUUCCGUGUUUUGACUUUUGUUGUGAUUUGGGUUUUGAAAGAAAGAAAAUUGCAAAAGAGUUUAGUGUUUAGUAGUGAACAAAAAUUAAAUCUGCAAUUCCUUCUAAGAUGUUAAUGAUGAGCGAUGAUCCACCUAAAGAACGAGGACGCCACAGGGUCAAAGUGGAAAAUCAGAUGAUACGCAAGCGCGAACGUGAGUUUCGGCACCAACAGAUGUGGACAGGCGCAGAAAGUUACUAUAAGAGGUGGGACAAUAUUAACCACAGAAUUGACGAGUGGACAUCACCUCGCUAUUAUGAAGAAAACAAUAAAAUGCUUGCAGAUAUGCGGCUCAAGAGAGACAAGGAAGAAUUGCUAAUAAAACGACGAGAGAACUUAAAAAAGUUGCUUGAGCAAGAGCAGAACAGCUAUCAAAUCGAAAUGAUGGUGAAAAAGAGUCUUGCUAUCAAAGAACAAUCGCCUAGACCCGUCCCAACAGAAGUACUUAAGGACGUGAAUAUAGAACUAAAGAAAAAAGAGGAAGAAAAGCGCAAAAGGGAGGCAGAGCUUAAGCUGUACCACCAGUGGAGAAUCAACAACCCUAUAGUAAGACAAUUUGAGAGCAAGUAUAGGUUUAAAGACCUCAAACUCUCUUGGCUGGAUCAGCAAAUCGAGAAACGAAUGCAAAAGGAAAACGAAGAACAAGAAUGCCAAAAAAUCAUUAAAGAACAAGAGGCCCGCAUACAAGAAGAGCGCCUAAAAGAAGAACAAAUCAGAAAAGAGAAUGCUGAAAAAGAAGUGAAACUUAAAGAAUAUCUAGACAAACAAGUAGAAGAACUAAAAAGCAAACAAAAACUUAGCGACCAACUAAAAAAGCAAGAAAUACAAGAAGAAAAACACAAGAGACAACUGACAGAACUCGAAUGCUUGGCCAAAGAAGAAGAGAAAAAACGACAAGCUAAAGAAAUCGCCCUCUUUAACAUUAAGCAGCACAAAAUGAAGCUGAAGCAACGAGCUAUCGAUGUGCAAGAAGCCCUAAAAGAAGACCAAGAGCUUAUUCUACGAAUGAAACGACUAGAGAUGGAAGACCUCAUAGCAGACACCAAAAAAAGAAACGAAAUCAAACAGGGCCUUAAAGAGUUCCUAGACAUUGUAAAGGAUCAGCAAGAGCUCGAGAAGCAUAGGCAAAAGCACCUCGAUUUCAUCUUUGACUCGGAAGCCAAAGCCAUAUAUGACAAGCAACUAGAGAUGUGGAAGAAAGAAGAGCUUGCACGUAAGAAACUGUUAAAACAAGUUUUAGAUACAGUUAACAAGCAAGUCCAAGAAAAUUUAGAGAAAAAUAAAAAGAAACAAAUGGAGGUUCUGCGAGAACGUGAGGAAAUGCUUGCGAAAAUUGAGCAGUACAACCAGGAGUUAGUGGAGUUAAGGCAAGAGGAAGCGAAGAAACACGCGCAAAAAACAAAGAUGCGGGAAGCAGAACUAAAGCUGAACAAACUGAAAAAGAAGCAUGAGGAGCAUAAUAAGCUAAAAGAGAUCGAUGAAGAAUUGGAAAGAGUUCGUCGGGAGGAGGAGAGGUUACAGAAAGAAAUUUUGGAGAUUCAGAGAAGACAAGGGCCUAUAAGGCCCAGGACGCGGACAAGGAUUUUUUAAGAAUUGAUUUGAUGUAAUUGAAUUCGUUAUAAUUGCACGGAUGUAGAAUAUAGAGUCAGUUUUAGUAACUAUGACCAACUUUUGACAGAGUAUAUUGUUUAUUUUUUUCUUAAAGUAAUCCCUUCGGUUGGGGAUGAAAGUAACAGAUUUAUGUAGAAGUCGAGCAGAUCCAAUCAAAUGACCCUUUUGCAUCAAGAUUUUAAUGAUUUAGAAUAUUAUUGUUUAAAUAUGACCAUCAUAAGCAGUUAUUUUAAAAAGAGUUUAAGGUAAGAAAGGAUCGUCCAUAUUUAUUUAACAAAGAAAUAUUAAACAUGAACCCAGUUGUCGUCGGUCAGACUUUGUAAAAUACUCUGUAUCUACAUUUCCGUUCAGAAAGCGUAGUUUUUGUUUAUUUUAUUGUAUUUUCUUAUGAAAUAAAACAUUAUUUAAUUGUU